AUGUUCUUUUACACGUUUUUCGCGAUGGUUAACGUCAACAGAGCAGUGGAUGAAGAAGAUGGUAAUUCUGUUGACUCCCUUAGCGCCUCGAGAGCAUUGGACCUCGCUGGUCGCCCCGUGGCGCCUUCCUUAUCCCGCGGGUUCUCGUCCGCCUCCGCGGCGUCUUCCGCCUCGUCACCUUCCCCUCCCCGCGCGUUCCUCUCCGCCGCUCCCCGCCCAUUCCUCUCCGCGUCUUCCGCCUCGUCCUCCCCUCCGCACGGCCCAUUCCUCUCCGUCAUAUGGGACCGCCUGAGUUCGUACGUUCUCACUCCUCGGAUGAACCAGCACCUGCCUGUCACUCGGUUCAACCCCGAGCAAGCUCACCAGCAGCAGCAGCAUCGCCACGACCACGACUAUCAACAAGAUCCUCCAGAAUCUCUUCCCUCUCAUGCCUCUCUUCCCUCUCAUCCCUCUCUUCCCUCUCAUCCCUCUCUUCCCUCUCAUCCCUCUCUUCCCUCUCAUCCCUCUCUUCCCUCUCAUCCCUCUCUUCCCUCUCAUCCCGAGUCUCGCCACGUGCUGCCCCGCCUACUACUAGUAACCCCCACUCUCCCGAGCAACGCGCUCCCGCUGUUCCUCUCGCUGCUCCUCCUCAUCCCCCUCCUCUGCAUCCCCCUCGCUCCCUCCUCUCCGCUCCCCCCACCCGCUGCUGCGGCUCAGCCGGCGGCAGAGGGGUCUGGGGCGCAGGCGAGGGGGGGGAAGGGGGAUGAUGGGGCGCAGGCGUGGGGGGGGAAGGGGGAUGAUGGGGCGCAGGCGUGGGGGGGGAAGGGGGAUGAUGGGGCGCAGGCGUGGGGGGGCAAGGGGGAUGAUGGGGCGAGUAGUUGGGGGAACGGAGAGUUGGCAGCAGCAGAUGGAUCAGAGUAUUCGACUCAUUUCUUGUGUUCUGACUCUGAGUCAAGGAGCCUUCAGGAGGUUCUCACAGACCUGGCCACGUCAGCAGGAAUGCCUCCAAUGACAAGCAAGCAGCCAGCAUCUGACGUGGCACCACAAGGUUCGCGCGCAGCAGAAACAGCUUCUGACGCACAGAGCGCUGGCACAAACAGCAGCACAGACAGUGACACUGUUGGCAGCAGCACAGACAUCAACACUGGAAACAACACCCGGGGCAAGAGUGGUAGUGAUGGCGAUGCUGGGAGGAGCAGCACAGGCGGUGGUACCAUGGGUAACACUAGGAGUGAAAUGGUGAGUGGCGAGGGCAGUAGUGGCAGCAACAGUGGAAGGGUGGGUGAGGAGGAGGAGGCAAGUACGGUAGCAGAGCAGGGGGAGUCCGUUCGUGGCGUGGUGAUCGCGACAGUCCUGUCAGAGGCGUGGAUACCCAUGAUGAAGAUGUUCUUAGCGAGGAUGAGACUGGUUGAUGCAAGAGAUGAGCGGGAGAAGCAUAGCCAGCAGCAGCAGCAGCAGCAGCUGCAGCAGCAGCCACAGGAGCAGCAGCAGCAGCAGCAGCAGCAGCAGCAGCCACAGCAGGAGGGGUACUUAGGAGGUGCAGCUGGUGAGUCCACGCGGGAAGAUGCUCAUAUGCCCAGCUUGGGGCCCAUGCCUCUGAUGCCACGCACAGGGCAUGGCCCUCAGGUGCAAGGCACGCUGGUGUCUCGCCUGCUCGUGAUCUGCUACGACCGCCACAGCCUCGCCUUCUGCUGCUCCCUCCGCCUGCACUGCUUCCUCGACACUCAGAUUCUAUCUUCAUCCUUUCUUAUCUCCUCUCACCUCUCCUCAUCUCCUCAUCUCUCCUCACCUCUCCUCAUCUCCUCAUCUCUCCUCAUCUCGCCUCAUCUCUCCUCAUCUCUCCUCAUAUCUCCUCAUCUCUCCUCAUCUCUCCUCAUCUCUCCUCAUCUCCUCAUCUCUCCUCUAUGUCGCCUCAUCUCGUAUUUGCUUCCGUCCUCUCCUCUCUGCUCAGACAAUGACGUCAUGUGGCUGCAGGUGGGUGGCAGUGACGUCAUGUGGCUGCAGGUGGGUGGCAGUGACGUCUUGUGGCUGCAUUCAGGCAUGCAGCAACGCCAUAACCCCCUUCCCUACCUGCUCCCCAUAUCAUCCGACAUCGCGACAGCGUGCGAUCACUGGUCGGCAGACCUCAAGGCGGAAGCAGAGGUGUCCUCUGACCCAACCUAA